AUGGCCCCGACUUCUGCGACAAAGAUGUGGUUUGGAGGAGAAUGGUCAAAGGGCAAAUCCUGUCCUCUGAACGUGUGCUGUUCAGACUUUGGUUACUGCGGAACAACCAAGGAAUUUUGCGGCAACAAAACCGUCAAGCACGAAACCUGCUCCAAGGAUAGCUACAUGUCCAGGGUUGUUGGCUACUACGAAGGAUGGGCCACACGGCGUCCCUGUCAUGAUUUCUGGCCAGAGCAGAUUCCACUCGGCGUCUACAGUCACAUCAACUUUGCAUUUGCAACCAUCGAUCCAGAUACAUACAAAGUGACACCAUCGGAUAAGCGGGAUGUUGAUCUCUACAAACGAUUGACCUCCUUGAAGAAAUUCGACAAGGACCUGAAGGUAAUGAUCGCUAUAGGUGGUUGGACAUUCAACGACCCUGGUCCAACUGCCACAGUUUUCUCAGAUCUGGCCGCCUCUGAAGAGAAACAGAAUAAGUUCAUUGCUUCUUUGGUCUCCUUCAUGUCCACCCAUGAUUUUGAUGGUAUAGAUCUCGACUGGGAAUACCCCGAAGCCGAAGACCGCAAUGGCAAAACAGAGGAUUUCAAAAAUUUCCCCAGGUUCAUGAGCAGGCUGAAAGCCGAGCUGAACAAAACCCCAGGUCGAAGUGAACUUUCUAUCACACUACCAGCCUCCUACUGGUACCUUCAGCAUUUUGACCUCAAGGCCCUCGCCAAACAUGUUUCAUUCUUCAACAUCAUGACUUAUGAUAUGCAUGGCACCUGGGAUCAGGGCAAUAAAUGGACGGGCGCGUUCUUGAACGGUCAUACCAACUUGACAGAGAUCAAAUCUUCCCUCGAGCUGCUUUGGCGCAAUGAUGUGGAAGGUGAUCAGGUUGUUAUGGGCCUUGCAUUCUACGGACGCUCGUACACUACCCAAGGCUGUGUGGAGCCUGGGUGUGUAUAUGCCUCUGGAGGUCUUCCAGGACCAUGCAGCAAGGAAGCAGGCAUCCUGCUCAACAACGAGAUCAUGGACAUCAUCAACAAGAAGAAUCUGACGCCAAAGCUGUACAAAGACGCCACAGUCAAGGUUGUCACUUGGGAUGAUCAGUGGGUCUCUAUAGAUGACCGAGAAACCUUGACCUUGAAAGCCAACUUUGCUCGUGAACAAUGUCUCAGUGGCUUGAUGGUUUGGGCAAUCAGUCAUGACACCCCAACGGCAGACUUUUCCCAGGACCUGGCAAUGAUUUCAAACCGCCAAGUGUUAAUGCAGCGGGCCCACGUUGAUUCCGACAUCAUCACAGAAAGGACGAACCACAAACAGUGCCGCUGGAGCAAUUGUGGAAAGCCCUGUCCUGGAGGGUGGAAAAUGGUCGAGCGGACAGACAAGUGGAAAAGAGGCAAUCCUGAAUACAUGAUGGAUGCGACACAUUGUAACGGGCUGGGCAUCCGGUCUUGGUGUUGCCCUCCUGAUGCCAAGCUCCCGACUUGUGGCUGGUACGAGUUCAACGAUGGCAAUUGCAAGUCUGGAUGUCCGAGUGGAAUGACUGAAAUUGGCUCCACAACAAAUGGAUGCAAAGACAAAUACCCUCCACAAUAUCAGUCGGCCUGCUGUACCGUGGAAGACGAUUCCGAUAAGGAAUUGAGCAGCAUGGCGCUGUAUAAUAAUUGCGAGUGGGGGAAGUUCCCCGAAUGUGGUGAUGGCAAGUGCUCCGGCUCAAAGUCGACUCUUUUAGGAGAGUCCGGGCAAGGAAGCGGCGAUAUGAGUUGUUACUCUGGAGAUGUUUGGGGAAAGCACUGGCCAAGACACCACCAUUCAUUGCGGAAGUAUUGCUGUGAUGCAGAAUCCAAGAGCAAACGCUUUGAAAACUGCAAAUGGCGGAACGAUGUGGGCCUCAUGACGGUUAGCCAAAUGUGCGUAUCUGGAUGUCCUGAUACUCAGAUCCGCGUGGCGAUGGAUGGCUACAACGAAGGAUGCUACCAUUCCGGUGCUCGAGCAUACUGCUGUGACGCCGUCAGCUACACAGAGACCACACGCAUUUCCGAUGAUUUGCAAGAUUUCAAAGAUGCACUCAUUGACUGGACAACCAAUGUUGAGUGUGUCAAGAAUACCCCCGGCCUCUCCAGUACCAAUUCCGUCAGAGUUCGCGAGGACAGAUGCGAGAUCAUCGCCUCGAAACUUCUCGUUUUCCAGCUGACUGCGAUCUUCACGGGUUAUAUAUCGGGGCAAACCAAGCAUUGGGAUCGUCUGUGCACUAUUUGGAACGACUCCGUAGGGGGAAUGUUCGAAAAUCUCAAUACCGACACGAUGCUUCCGAGCCUGUUCUCGAACAGGACCUAUCCAGAUUUCUACCGCGAUGGUUACGAGGGAACCGCCAACAAGAUUUAUAACUUCCCCGAUGCGUACAACAGGCUGUUCGGCGAAAAGCCCCCAUCCCAGACAUGUGCACAGGACCUGUGCAAUUAUGGCGAUGGAUUGUGUGAUGCAACUGAUGACGAGGACAGUCUCUCCAGGCGCGACCUCGAAUGGCAGCAAAAGCAUCAUCCGUUUGGCCACCUGCAAACACGUGCCAAGGCCGCCAAAAAGUCGAUCAUCUGCAAAACCGUGGAUGGUGUCAUAAAAACGAUAGAAUACACAAGAUUCGCCUAUCCAGGCCCAAGUGAUUGGUUGCAAGAAGGUGUCCAGAAACCAUCCGCGGUGAAGCAGAAGAUGAUUGAAGAGGCCGUAGACCUCGAUGAUGCUGAAGAUUGCGGCAACUGUGAUGUGCGUCAACGAGAGGCCACCAAAUCAGAGCUCAAACCUGAUACCGGAAAGCCUCAGAUGAACACCGAUCAUCCGAAUGAGAUUAAAUUGAUACCCAAGUUCAUGCUAUGGGCUAUUUUACCGGGAAAUUGUGAUAUUGAUUGCGAAUUUCUUGUCAAUUUCUUCACACAGAAUGUCAUUCCGAAAACUGCACCCAAGACCCCACACAACAAUCAAGUCCUCCAGAAGCCUAUCGACAGGAUCAUGGAGCAAAUUGGAAGCAAAACCAAUUCUGAUGUGUUCCGGCUGAUGCUUUCCAGUUUGAACAAACUCAAAGGCGAUCUUUGGAGUUUUGACAGCGUAGAUAAGGGAUCGCUUUCUGCGGCCGCAUGGGAAAAGAUGCUCGAGAACGAUGAUCCAAGGCAGGCCUUGACCAUGCUGCGAGAUGUAAUUGCCGUCUACAAUUAUCAAAAUUCUCCAGAGGUCAUCUCACGAUUUGCUCUUGUCUAUGCCGGCAUUCGCGAGGAGUUAGAGCGUACAUCGAUGGAAUAUUUCAACCAAGGAGGACCUGGAAUUGACCUUGCGAACUGUUGGGAUCGCUUCUUCGAAAUCCAAAAGAACGAGAUGGUUGAAUUUGGGAGAAAUUACGUCGUGAAUGGAAUCCAAGAUAUGGCUGACCGAUGGACCGACUACCACACGGACAAAGGGUUAUGGGUUCAAACAACUCUUGCGCAACUGAGGGACAGAAUCUCGGAUAUCUUUAUGCAAGAUUUCGCCACGGAUUAUAUGCCAGGAUGGGACUUUACCUGGGACUGA